AGUGAUCGUUCUGAUCGCCUCCAGCCGCCAUCUUCAUCGAAAUCACAUGUAACUGGAGCCGGACAAACACCAUCAAGUUCUGUUGCACCUUCAGUAGCACGGCCAGUAGUGCAGGAUGAUCGUGACGGGCAUCUUAUUUAUCAGGAUGGUGAUAUUAUUCAAGGAAGAUAUGAAAUAGUACGCACAUUAGGCGAAGGAACAUUCGGUAAGGUGGUGCAGGUUAAGGAUAGUACUAAAGAUGGUCGACAGUUUGCAUUAAAAGUUAUCAAAAAUGUAAGCAAAUAUCGGGAAGCUGCACGCCUUGAGAUUAACGUGCUAAACAAAUUGCAGGAGAAAGAUCCGAAUGGAAAAUUGUAA